AUCCGAGAAGGCGAGAUAGAGGCGUUGCUGCAGCAGCUGGCAUCGCUGAACGACGCCAUGGGGGCAUGCGCUGCUGCGGGAGGGGCAGGAGGAGGCAGCUCGGAGCUGCAGGCGCACACACUCACCCGCCACAACAACAUCCUGCUGGAGUUCUCAAGGGAGUUUGCCCGCACGCGAGCAGCAGUGACCACCAACCUGGAGCGAGCGCAGCUGCUGGGUGUGUUUGGCAAGGCGGGCGGCAGGGAGGGGGGCGGCACGGGCAGCAGUGCGGGCGCUGAGGUGCUGUCUGAAACCGCUAGACUGCUCAAUGAACGCACCUCCAUCCACUCCGCCCUGUCCCAGGCUGAUGACGUCAUCAAGCAAGCAUACGCCACGUCAUCAUCUCUGGCACAGCAGCGAUCGCUCCUUGGAGGCACAUUCUCUAAAGUCACACUCCUGGGCAACCGAAUUCCAGGGCUGAACACACUGCUGUCAGCCAUUAGAAGGAAGAAGUCACGGGACUCACUCAUUCUCGCUGCCGUCGUGGCUGCCUGCACGCUGUUCCUCCUCGUCUACUGGCUCAACAAGUAG